AUGAGUUAUUUGUCACCACUUCCAUAUUAUCCUGUUCCAAGGGAUCGUUUAAGGCGCUCAAGAUCAGCCUUCGAUAUCCGAAGAAAUCAAAAGUUUGAAGACGCUAUUGAAUCUGUUAAGGAAGAAUGUCACAGCCCCCGCCGCCACCUCCUCCACCCCCUGUACUCAAAUCCCCAACGAUAUUACCAUCUCGCAAAUGGUCACCAACGCAUAGUAACGGAGACAGAAAUAUAUCCAAAACUACGACGCCUAGGGGAAAGCCCUCGUUCGGUGGAGCCAACACAAUUAUGUGAACGACAGAUUGAGUUUCCUACUCCAGGAAAUUGGAAGAACAUCGAGAACUAUGGCCAAUUUCGACAGCCAUCGCCCGGAAAAUCGGUUUUGGCAACGAGCUCUUGUAUCAACACCCCUUCCUCGAUACAUUACAACAACAGAAAUUCCAAUUUAUUAGGAAAUUCAUCGACUGCCACAUCAAAAUAUGAAGAAAAAUUUUUACAAAAACCAAAAAAAGAAGAUUUUUAUGUACCAUCUAAUGAUAAUUUUUUAAACAAUUCUAAUUUUUCAACUUUAUCAAAUUUACAACAAAAUAAGUCAUAUAAUAUUUCAUUACCAUUAACAACAUCAUAUAACAAAAUACAUGAUACAAUCCCUAUUAAUAUAAAAAAUACUUUUACAACUACAGACCCAUACAAUAAUACUCAAACAACUACAACAACUUAUUCAUACACAGUUAAUGAUUCUAAUAAUGAGCAAAAUUUAAGAGACAAUAUAUAUCCUUUUCAGCAGUCAUAUAAUACAUUAUCUAAUUUUCCAUAUUCAAAUGAACAAUCUUAUUCAAAUAUAGUAGACAACAAUUUUAUUAGAGAUCCUAAAGCGUUUAUACAUGAAUUUGCCACAAAGACACUAAUUUCCGAUAUCAAAAAUUCAGAGGAAUACAGAGAAAAUCCUGAAAUUUUGCCAAUUUUAAAUAAAAAUAAGAAAGAAAAGUCAUUUGUUGAAGAGUUAAGAGAUUCAUCCUUAACACAAUCACAAAAAUAUUCAAAUCAAUUUCAAAAAUCAUUAUUACAAGAUAAUCCAUUACCAAGAUCAUUUAAUAAUUUUUAUCAGACAAAUUCAUCUACAAAAGGUACUGAUGAAUUGAAUGAUCUUAUUCGUGACAUGCAAAUAAAACUUUCAUCACCUAUAGAUUUGAAUAUUGUACCAGAAAAUAAAGAAACAUCAAAUAAAAUAACGAAAACAGAAUUAUCUUCUAAUUAUACAACAUCACAAUACUCAGCUAAUUCAACAAUGUCAACGAGUAAAAUUGGAAAUGAUAAUCAUAUAUUGGAACAAACAAGUAGUUAUAUUUGUUAUAAAUGUAACCAAAUUAUACAACCUGAUCGUCCCGGAGUAACAGCUCUUGGUAAUUUUUAUCAUGUAGAAUGUUUUGUUUGUGAAGGUUGUGGAAAACAAUUGGCUGGCUCAUCAUUUUAUAAUGUUCAAGGAAAAUGUUUCUGUGAAGUUGAUUAUGUCAAUUCUCUUGAAAAAUGUCUCAAAUGUCAUUUACCAAUAAAACAAAAAAUUCUUCGUGCACUUGGUGGUGCUUAUCAUCCAGAAUGUUUUGUAUGCCAAAAUUGUAAUAAAUCUUUGGAUGGUGUUGGUUUUACAACAAAUAAAGAAAAUGAACCACAUUGUAUGCAUUGUUUUCAUGAAAAAUAUUCUCCUAGAUGUGCCACAUGUUUAAAACCAAUUGCACCAGCACAUAAUGAAACUGAAGUUCCACGCAUUAUUGCAAUGGAUAAAAGUUAUCAUGUUGAAUGCUAUCGUUGUGAAGAUUGUGGACUUCAAUUAAAUUCAAAAAUUGAAGGAAAAGGAUGUUAUCCAAUUGAAUCACGACUUUUCUGUAAAGCUUGCAAUCAAAAACGUUUAAGUUAA